GCAGUAGGUUCAGUUUCGCUUCAGACCUACAUCGCCGCCAAGCAAUACUUUUUCAGUGCCUCGUGCGCUCUUCCUCUCUCUCUCUUGAGUACAACACACACUCGUCGAUCAACCGUGUUUCCGCGCUCCGUCGUCAAUCGUAGUAGUCGUCGUCGUGGUCCUCGUUGCUGUGCGCCACCAUCAUCGCCUGCUGCUUCCAAACCAUAGUAGAUCCAGCAACGCGGACAAAGUUUUCAAUUGAACACAUUUUCGGCCUACUCUGCAAUCCAUUGUUGCGAAAAUCUUUCGGGAAGUUUUCGGAUUCUCAUCGCGAUUUUCAAAAUGAGUCAGUGCUGAAAAAUGACGUUCCCGUUUCGCUCGGUGAUCAGGUUGACGUUUUCCAGUAGUAAAAUUUUAUGAUAGAAUUCCGCACCAUCACCAACAUCGCAGUAAGCAGUCCGGGUUUUGUGUCACAUCAGUCGUGUUCAGUGUGUGGCUGCCGCUUCUUUCCGUAUCUGGCAGGGGGAGGACAGCGAGUGAGUGCGUGGUGUGAUUCGCAAAAAUAAAAAGUAGGAAAAUUGAACGGCGAGUUUCUCACAGUGCGUCGUGCGUGAAGAGCAGGCUACUUUUUGCUCCCGAGAUCGCGAGAAUCUUCCAAACAGGAGAAAAUAGCGGAUCGCGACUGAAGAAUACCAAGAAUUACGCGGAAGGAUAUCCAGUAAUAAAUCUAUUGUGUGAUAGUAGUUAUAGUAGGCCAUUGAAAGUCGCUGUGGAAAUUCUGUAGAACGGAAGCCCAGCGCGCAGUCAACAAGAAAGGAGUGUGAGCAAGAGAUAGUGGAACUGGUUCCCGUUUUUUUUUUGCUCGCUGAACGCAAUACACAAAUCACCACAACUGCCGGUUACUAGCUAAUUCACCAUGGAGGACGGCCAUAGCAAGUCCGUCGAAGAAGUGAUCAGUCACUUCCGAGUGGAUCCAGAACGGGGUCUCUCUCUCGACCAGGUCAAGGAAUACCAGAAGAAGUAUGGACCUAAUGAACUCCCAGCUGAAGAGGGAAAAACAAUCUGGCAAUUAGUUCUGGAACAGUUCGAUGAUCUGUUAGUUAAGAUUCUGCUGCUGGCUGCUAUCAUUUCCUUUGUCCUCGCCCUUUUUGAAGAACAUGAAGGUGUUGAAGCCUUCGUGGAACCCCUGGUCAUUUUGCUCAUUCUGAUCGCCAACGCUUGCGUCGGUGUGUGGCAGGAACGUAAUGCCGAAUCCGCCAUCGAAGCCCUGAAGGAGUACGAGCCCGAGAUGGGCAAGGUCGUCCGUGGCGACAAGUCCGGCGUCCAGAAGGUGCGCGCCAAGGAGAUCGUGCCCGGUGACAUCGUUGAGGUGUCCGUCGGUGACAAGAUCCCCGCCGAUAUCCGUCUGAUCAAGAUCUACUCCACCACCAUCCGUAUCGAUCAGUCCAUCCUGACCGGUGAGUCCGUGUCCGUCAUCAAGCACACCGAUGCUAUCCCGGAUCCCCGUGCCGUCAACCAGGACAAGAAGAACAUCCUGUUCUCCGGUACCAACGUUGCCGCCGGUAAGGCCCGUGGUGUUGUCAUCGGAACCGGUCUGAACACCGCCAUCGGUAAGAUCCGUACCGAGAUGUCGGAAACCGAGGAAAUCAAGACCCCCCUGCAGCAGAAGCUCGAUGAGUUCGGUGAGCAGCUGUCCAAGGUUAUCUCUCUGAUCUGUAUUGCCGUCUGGGCCAUCAACAUUGGUCACUUCAACGAUCCAGCUCACGGUGGCUCGUGGAUCAAGGGUGCCGUCUACUAUUUCAAGAUCGCCGUCGCUCUGGCUGUUGCUGCCAUCCCUGAAGGUCUGCCAGCUGUCAUCACCACCUGUUUGGCUCUGGGUACCCGCCGUAUGGCCAAGAAGAACGCCAUUGUCCGCUCGCUGCCAUCCGUCGAAACCCUGGGUUGUACCUCGGUUAUCUGCUCUGAUAAGACCGGUACACUGACCACCAACCAGAUGUCCGUCUCGCGUAUGUUCGUCUUUGAAAAGGUUGAAGGCAACGACAGCAGCUUCACUGAAUUCGAAAUCUCCGGAUCCACCUACGAACCAAUUGGUGAAAUGACCCUGAAGGGCCAGAGAGUUAAGGCCUCCGACUACGAAGUUCUGCAGGAAGUGGGAACCAUCUGCAUUAUGUGCAAUGACUCUGCUAUUGAUUUCAACGAAGUUAAGAAGGUCUUUGAAAAGGUCGGUGAAGCUACUGAAACCGCUCUGAUCGUCCUUGCUGAGAAGAUGAAUCCAUUCAACGUUACCAAGCAAGGUUUGGAUCGUCGCUCGGCUGCUAUCUGCGUCCGUCAGGAAAUCGAAACCAAGUGGAAGAAAGAAUUCACCCUGGAAUUCUCUCGCGAUCGUAAAUCCAUGUCCAGCUACUGUACUCCACUCAAGGCCUCCAAGCUUGGAACCGGACCAAAACUGUUCUGUAAGGGUGCUCCUGAAGGUGUCCUGGAUCGUUGUACUCAUGCCCGUGUCGGAUCUACCAAGGUGCCACUGACUCAGACUCUGAAGAACCGCAUCUUGGAUCUGACUCGCCAGUAUGGUACCGGUCGCGAUACCCUCCGUUGCUUGGCCCUGGCUACCGCUGAUAACCCAAUGAAGCCUGAUGAUAUGGAUCUGAACGAUUCGACCAAGUUCUACACUUAUGAAGUCAACCUAACCUUCGUCGGUGUUGUUGGUAUGCUUGAUCCCCCACGUAAGGAAGUCUUGGACUCGAUCGCUCGUUGCCGUGCUGCUGGUAUUCGCGUUAUUGUCAUCACUGGUGACAACAAGGCUACUGCUGAAGCUAUCUGCCGUCGUAUUGGCGUGUUCACUGAGGAUGAAGACACCACCGGCAAGUCUUACUCCGGACGUGAAUUCGAUGAUCUGCCAGUCAGCGAACAGCGUGAGGCCUGCGCCCGUGCUCGUCUGUUCUCCCGUGUCGAACCCGCCCACAAGUCCAAGAUCGUUGAAUACCUGCAAAGCAUGAACGAAAUCUCCGCUAUGACUGGUGACGGUGUCAACGACGCCCCUGCUCUGAAGAAGGCCGAAAUCGGUAUUGCUAUGGGUUCUGGUACCGCUGUCGCCAAGUCCGCCUCCGAGAUGGUGUUGGCUGACGAUAACUUCUCCUCCAUUGUCGCCGCCGUCGAGGAAGGUCGUGCCAUCUACAACAACAUGAAGCAGUUCAUCCGUUAUCUGAUUUCUUCCAACAUCGGUGAGGUCGUGUCCAUCUUUUUGACCGCUGCCCUUGGUCUGCCAGAAGCUCUGAUCCCAGUCCAGCUGCUGUGGGUCAACUUGGUUACUGACGGUCUGCCAGCUACUGCUCUUGGCUUCAACCCACCAGAUCUCGAUAUCAUGGAGAAACCACCACGUAAGGCUGAUGAAGGUCUGAUCUCCGGCUGGCUGUUCUUCCGUUACAUGGCUAUUGGUGGUUAUGUCGGUGCCGCUACCGUCGGUGGUGCUGCCUGGUGGUUCAUGUUUUCUGACCACGGCCCACAGCUGACCUACUGGCAGCUGACUCACCAUCUGUCCUGCAUUGCUGGUGGAGACGAAUUCAAGGGAAUCGACUGCAAGAUCUUCACUGACCCACAUCCAAUGACCAUGGCUCUGUCUGUUCUGGUUACCAUUGAGAUGUUGAACGCCAUGAACAGCUUGUCUGAGAACCAGUCUCUGGUCACUAUGCCACCAUGGUCGAACUUGUGGCUCAUUGGAUCCAUGUGCCUGUCGUUCGCUCUGCACUUCGUCAUUCUGCACGUCGAUGUUCUUUCCACCGUGUUCCAGGUCACCCCACUGAACGGAGACGAAUGGAUCACUGUGAUGAAGUUCUCGCUGCCAGUUGUGCUGCUAGAUGAAAUCCUGAAAUUCGUCGCCAGAAGGAUCUCCGACGGCGAAAUUAAAAAAUGGGACUAAGAAGCUCUAGUGGCUUUUAACAUCUGCUAGUACUCGACAAAAUCGUGUUUCUUUCAGCAAACAAGAAACCAACGCAAAAAUGCAAUAAUAAAUGAAUAAAAAAAGUCGAAACAAUAAAAAAAACAAAAACCAACACCAAAUCGUUAUUUAUUAAAUCUAGGAAGGAAACCUACAUCUGUUUCUCCUACUAGGAAGUAUUAAAACCGAAUAUCAAAAAUCAAAUGUUAAAUAUCAAAUGUCUGGUUUUCAACAACUAAUCCAAAGGAUAAAAUGAGUUGAAUUUCCUUUUUUUCUCGUUUUACUUAAGGCUAAAUUCGAAUUAUCUACACCAAAGUGAAAAAAUACUACAAUACAUUUAGUGAGCGUGUUCCAAUCAAAAGUAUCGAAAAAGUUUUGCCGAAGUUUUCUUAACAUUUCACCGUAGAUCAGAACCAGACCAUUUGAAGUUAAUAUCCCUGGGGUAGAGUAGAACAACAGCGACUUUUACUUUUUUCUAGUGAAAAUGAACAAUUGAAGACAUUUUUCUCUCAUUUAUUAAUGCUUAAGUUUCAUUUCCUCGAAUUGUAUCUUUAUAUACUGCCUUUUCAGUUGAUCUUUUGUUGAACCCUUUUCAAAUAUUUAUGUUACCUUAUGUCCUUUUAGUUUAUUUAUUAUUUUUAUAAAAUACGAGACAAUGUAAAUAAGAUAAUUAAAUAAAGUGAACAAAGGUUGAAAAGAGAGACAUCAUCUUCUUGUUGAGUUGUAGUCGUCGAAAUUACACUUAAAAAGUUAGAUAUUUACAAAAGGAAUAAACUUAAUUUAAUAAAAGUAAAAAAAAAACAUUGUGUGACGUUGACCGCCAUCUUUAAUUUUAUGUCAUUUCAUCUUUGUUUAAAUAAACAAGUAUAAAACAAGUUAAAGUUUCACGAAAAUGAACAAUAAAAAUCGUUAAAACCA